CACUCUCCGUCUUUCCUCUUCUGCUGCUGCUGCUUCUGUUGCUUGUGUUGGUCGAGUGGAGGUGUGAAAGCAAGGCGAUAUUUUUUCCCUUUUUCUUUAGAUCAUCUUUCAGGAAGAGUCCAAGAAUGGAAGGCGGAGGGCAGCGACGAAUGGAAGCGGAGAGCUCCUCCUCUUCCGCUGCUUCUUCGAGAGUCGAUCCCCCGGCGAGAAGCCGCGAUUUGGGCGAGGAAGAGAACAAAGUGGAGGAGAACGACGACGAAGUCACAGGCGAUGAGGAGGCCACCGACGAUGGAUUCGUUCCCUCGCAGCUGUUCCCUCUCAAGGAUCAGCUUGAGAAGGACAAGGAAGAUGAAAGUCUGAGAAGAUGGAAGGAAAAGUUACUUGGUCGUGUUGAUGAACACUUAAACGGACAAAUUGAACCUGAAGUUAUAUUUCAUUCCAUAGGAGUUAUAUCUGAAGGAUGUUCUGAUGUUAUUACCUUCUUACCAGUCGCAGAAAACCAAAGCCGUGUACUUUUUACUCUGAAGGAGGGAUCAAAAUAUCACUUUAAGUUAUCAUUCAGUGUUAAGCAUAAUAUUGUCUCUGGCCUGACUUACUCAAACAUAGUGUGGAAGAGAGGGCUUAAAGUGGAUCAAAGCAAAGAAAUGCUUGGCAUGUUUGCUCCACAAUGUGAUCCUUAUGAACAUUUGUUGGAGGAAGAGACUACUCCAUCUGGGGUGCUUGCUCGAGGAAUCUACUCUGCGAAACUCAAGUUCGAGGAUGAUGAUAAGAAAUGCCACUUAGAGCUCGACUAUUCCUUUGAAAUCAAGAAGCGCUAGUCAUGUUGUUCUCUCGUAUGAUUAAUCAUUGCAAACUACAAAGUGUAUAAAGAUAUCUUACUGUGAAUUAUUUUAGGAACAUAUGCUUUAAUAGCUGAAAUCUAUAUCGAGACUCUCUGUACGCGUCAUGUGUACUUUGACGUCUACUUUGCAUUUA